CCCUUCCGCCGCGGCAGCCAUUGGAGAGAGGCAGCCAUGGCUCUGCGCUACCCCAUGGCUGUGGGCCUCAACAAGGGCCAUAAAGUGACCAAGAACGUGAGCAAGCCGAGGCACAGCCGCCGCCGCGGGCGCCUCACCAAGCACACCAAGUUUGUACGGGACAUGAUCCGGGAGGUGUGCGGCUUUGCGCCUUAUGAGCGGCGGGCCAUGGAGCUGCUCAAGGUCUCCAAAGACAAGCGGGCCCUCAAGUUCAUCAAGAAAAGGGUGGGGACACAUAUCCGUGCCAAGAGGAAGAGAGAGGAGCUGAGCAAUGUUCUAGCGGCCAUGAGGAAAGCAGCAGCCAAGAAGGACUGAGCCCCCUCCCCUCUGUGCCUAAUAAAGCCUUUUCUGAA